CUGUAUAAGUGUCUAUCUGGUCGUGACCACAAACCUAAUUCAAAACUUCACAGGAUACCGAGAAUUCAGCAAAUAACCAUCCAAAAUGAAAUCACACGCAAACGACGAGCUGCCAACUGAAACUGUGGUGAAUAGAGCUGAGGCUGACCGUGAGGGCUUAUCCAGUCAGAGGAGUCGACGUGUGACUGACAACCCGAGUUUCCUCUUCAAAUGGCUGAACCACGCUGCGAGAAACCCAUACGACAAAGACGUCAACCCACAGGGAGUGGUAAACCUAGGAACAGCAGAGAACAAAUUGUGUGAAGACUUGCUUGUAGAAAAGCUCUCCCGACCAGAGAUCAACCAAACGGAAGGAUUUAUGAACUAUUAUUUUACUCACUAUGGAGAUAUCAGCUUCAGAGCCGCCCUGAAGACAUUCAUUGAAGAAAAAUUUCACCCAAGCAAACCAAUUCAUGCAGAGAACAUUAUCACGGCCUGUGGUUGUGGGGGGAUCCUGGACAUGCUGGGCUUCGCUCUAGGUGAUCGGGACGAUUACUUCCUCAGCCCAGUUCCGUAUUACCCUCGCAUCAGUAACAACCUGGGGGAAAGGGGUGGGGUCCAGAUCUACAAGGUGCCACUGACCAGCCAGCUGCAGCCCGGAGACACGGCGCCAUUCCAUCUCACAGCCGGCAAGCUGAAGGCCGCCUAUGAUCGGGCCACAAAAGAGGGUAAACGGGUGCGUGGUAUUGUCCUGAUCAACCCAAACAAUCCCCUGGGUGAUGUCUACACUGAGCAACAACUUCGGGAUAUUUUAGAUUUUGCCGCCAGGUAUGAGCUUCACGUUUUGUGUGAUGAAAUCUACGCCCUGUCGACAACCAGCGAGUCACCAGCAUUCAGAAGCAUCCUCAGCCUCAAGGACACGCCCGACCCUGACCGAGUCUACUUCAUAUGGGGGUUUAGUAAGGACUUCGGACUAGCUGGUUACCGCUGUGGACUUGUCUACACGUCAAACCAGGAGGUGCUGGAGUACUGUAAAGUAGUAGCUUACUACCAGUCUGUGCCGAUGUGUGUACAGGUGAAGCUGAGAGGACUGAUAACGGAUAAAGACUGGAGAGAGAACGUGUAUUUCCCCACGAAUCGCCGCAGAAUGAAAGCUCAUCUUGAUCUGUGUAAAGCAAGACUUACCACGAUGGGCGUGCCCAUUCACCCCUUCAAAGGUGGUAUGUUCAUAUGGGUGGACAUGCAAAAGUAUCUUGGGAAAAACGCAACAUUUAAAGAGGAGAGCGAGCUGUUUGAGGAACUGAUACAGAACGGCGUGUACUGCGUUCCGGGACGAUCCAUGAGCUGUGUGGAGCCGGGCUGGUUCCGACUGGUUUUCACCGUGACCACAGACGAACUCACCACAGGUCUGACGAGAAUAAAGGAAAUUCUUAUGAAGCGUUCCUCUGUGGGGAAGAGUCACAAGUCUGAGUACACCAGCAAUACGAAACACUCCAAGAAUACAAAACACGUGGGAUGCUACCGUGUGCAGAAUGGCAUUACGCACUCUGAGAGACAUAUCGCCGAUGAAACGUCAGAGGUAAAAACAAGAACCCCUGAUCAAAAGGCAACAAAUCCGGCUACCAACGACGUCAAAGUCAGGAAUGGCUAUAAACCUGAAUGGCAGACUGGACGCCGAAGAAAAAGUGAUGCACACACCCAAGGCGAAAAUGACUUCGCACAGCUUCCCAAAGUGGAGAAAAAACGCUUUUUCAAGAGGCUCGGUGAGAUAAUUUGGGGGAAAGCCUCCUCUGGAAAAACAAAACAGUUCAACAGAAGAGAGGGCAGCGACCUAUACUGGAAAAGAAGGACUAAAAGCGAGGCGGAUUUGAUGAUAAUCUCAUACAAGUCCAUCGCCCCAUAAAUGUUUACUUAGUAAACCUUCUUGUACGGUACUUUAACCUCACAAGCACUUCACACUGAUUUGUCAGUCCUUUUGAUAUAAAAGAGUUGACUUCUUUUUGAAUGACGUCACAUCCGUUAUUCUAUAGGCCAGCCAUAAAAUCAUAUCCAUCCACAGACGUAGAAAAGGGGGAUUUCUUUUCCCUAGUAUUUCUGAUAAAACAUACACUUGGUGUACAAUUUGGUGUACCGGAAUGAUAAUACACUACUGUUAACCCAGGUAAUAAUAAUAUAUAUUAGCCGGAGUAGAUCAUCAGGCAAAUCACGUUGCAUGUUGUGUAUAUCAGAUCACAGCUAUAUGACAUUGCUGUAGAUUCCUUACCGUAUGGUCACCGGAUAUUUCCUAUGUACGGUAUCAGGGCAUGCCCAGUCUUGUGACUGUAUAUCCCCAAUGCAUGCAUGUACUCUGUACGUACAUAGGCCUGUUACAGACUGAACAUGACAUCCGAAUUAGACGCGGUUCUCCACUAAGGGUCAAAUUGCACAUUCAAAUAAAGGUAAAUUUCAUACAAAAGAAACGCUUCAUGUCAACAGACAAAAUUUCAUCCAAAACAAAUAUUUCAUGUCAAAACAAAAAAUUUCAUCCAAAACAAACAUUUCAUUCAAAAUAUGAAAGAAUUUACAAGAUCUCAUCUAAGCCAAAUUUUCAUUCCGGAACGGAAACUCCAAACUGUACGGCUGUCGGUCAGUCGGUCUACAUGAUUCUAUAUAUUCUUCCUCGACACAAUGUGGGGGUGCCAAAACAUCAGGUCAUCAGUCAAUGAGAUCUGGUGUGUCUUGAAUAGUCAAAUGCAGCCAGAAAAGUGAAGUCAGAGGCGUCUUUAACAAAGCUUUAUCUUGGUCUUGGUAUAAAAUUUUGGAAUCCAGGACAAAAGUCCCGGCGGACAAAAAAACCCGCGGACAAAAACCCCAUCGGACAAAAGCUCUUCGUCUUAAUUAACCAGCAAAACAUAUUCGACAGUGUAACAAGCUUGAUAUCGAAUAUUUGUUGAUGGGAAUCCAUAUACAUGUAUAGUGUGACUUUGUUUUCCAUCUACAAAUUUGUCAUCAAAGCGUACUCCUGUCUCUCACUCGGGUUCAGCAGCUUUCCUCUCAUAAGCGUUGUACACCUACGUUUUCAAAACAAUAUCGCCAAAAUUGCUUUCGCUGAUGUAUCUAAUAUUAUUAUGGAAUACUUUCUGUCGAGCAAAAUGUAACAUUAUUCUACUAGUACCACUAUACUUAAUUUAAUUGGCUGAUAUAUUUCAGAUUGUUAUACAGGUUAUAACUUAAUACAAUUUACAGCAUCACCUCACGGCUGCCGUAAGGUAUGCAUUUUGAAUCGGUUGGCAGGCAUCUUAUGCAUUUCUAUGCAAGAAACACAUUGUUUUUGAAUACCCUUAAAAAGAAUAAAAAAACAUCUACACUCGGAAAGAUCGAAACAGGCACGUUUUGUUUCUGAGGUUAAAACCAUCUCUGCUACAAGCAAUUGCAAUCUAACAUUAUAUUUCCGAUAGGAACAAUAUAGAUAUAUAUAGUUUAUUGAAAUUGUUUACCAUACUUGUAGAUUUCUUUAGUGUUCAGUUAAGUCUGGCAUGGAGGUCGAGCAUUCUGUAUACCGCUGAGACAUAUAUCUCUUUUUUUACGAUGUCGUCAAAAACGGUUUGAAUUACAAUAAGAUUAAACGAAUAAGAAGAGGUUCUGUUGAUUGCAACCAUGUAUUAAAAUCUGAAACGUCAGUUCGGGGAGAAUGUUUCUACUUUUCUCAAACAAGCCAACAACUUAUGCCAUUUACCACAUACACUUAAUACUGAUGUCCGCCGCAGGUUUUUGUCGGCAUGGCUUUUGUCCGCGGGAUUUUUGUCCGCCGGGGCUUUUGUCCGUCCCUCAAGAUUUUGGUCUUCGGUGAGAAAUUUUGUAUUGGACGAAUUUAGUCGUCUUGAUAUAAUUUUAAAACUUGGAGGAGAUUUUGAUUUUAUAUUUAGAGCUAAAAUUUGUGGAUUGGGGAAAGGUUUUUAUUUAACACUGAGAAUUUAUUUACUUAAUUUGCAUUUUCCCCAACUUACCUUGCAUGCACACUUCGUACAAAAUAACACGUGUGUUUAUACCUGGGGCUUCAAGCUUAAGUUUUACCGUUAGUGGUACCCGGAUGUGCGCUGUGUGCAUGCGCGUCUCUGUGUGUCAGUGGACAGGAUAAGAGUUGUCUAUGUGGGCACGACAACCUUGGAUGUGGAUUAAGCAUAUUGUUACAGGUAACAAGAUAACGAUGUAACCUACUUAUAUGUAAUCUCUGCCACCAUGAGGCCACAGCUUACCUGGAUUUGUUUUAACUGAUUUUCAUUCAUUAUCCUCACACAUUAAUCGUUGUAUCAUACACGCACCUGAGUUCAGUAUUAAUAAACUGA